AUGGAAAAUUGUGGAGACUUCGACUCUGAUACUGAAGAAAUUAUUAGAGCUGUACAGGAAUCGACAGCAAUAGAUAUUGCAGAGGUGGUCGUAGCCACAGCUACAGAUAAGGAACUGCAGAAACUUAUAGAAUGCAUCGAAACCGAUAAUUGGAAUCAUGACGACAUCCGUCCAUAUAAGCCGUUUCGACUGGAGUUUUCAUAUAUCAACAAGUUGAUUAUGCGCGGCUCAAAACUGGUGAUUCCAGCCUCAUUGCGUGCUAGGAUGUGUGAAUUGGCUCAUGAAGGACAUCCCGGGCAAUCAAUGAUGAAAAGAAGACUUCGUGAACGUUGCUGGUGGCCUGGGAUUGACCAGGACGCAGUUAAAACUUGUGAAAAAUGUCAGGGUUGUCAAUUAGUACAAUCAUCGGAUCCUCCAGAACCAAUGAUGAGGCGGGCGCUUCCUGAAAAGCCGUGGAUUGAUAUUGCGAUAGACUUUUUAGGUCCUAUGCCAACUGGAGAAUAUUUGCUAGUGGUAAUCGAUUACUACAGCCGUUACAUCGAAAUCGAAAUAAUGAUUCGAAUCACUGCUCAAGAAACGAUUAAGCGUCUCAAACGGAUUUUCCGAACAUGGGGUCCGCCAAGGACAAUAACACUCGACAAUGCAAAGCAGUUUGUGUCGACUGAAUUUAAAGAAUAUUGUACAACAAAUGGUAUCCACCUUAAUCACACUUCACCGUACUGGCCCCAAGCAAACGGUGAAGUUGAAAGACAAAACCGGUCCCUCCUUAAACGGAUGAAGAUUGCUCAUGCCAUUCAUGGUGAUUGGAAAGCAGAACUCGACCAUUUCUUGGAGCUGUACAAUAACACGCCGCACACAAUAACCGGUAAAGCACCAAGUGAAUUACUCCAGGGAAGGAAAUUACGCUCUAAGCUACCUCAAUGGGAGGAUCUUGAAACAGUACCACCAGGCUCCGAUUUUAGGGACCAAGAUUCGGCAAAGAAGAUGUUCCAAAAAGAGAGAGAGGAUGCUAAGCGGCGCGCUAAACUAAGCAAUAUCGCCACUGGUGAUACUGUCCUUAUGAAAAAUCUGCUUCCUUCCAAUAAGCUAUCUACCAAUUUCCUAAACGAGAAAUUUACGGUAUUAGAUAGGAACGGUUCGAACGUUCAAAUACAAUCAAAUGGCUCUGGUAAGAUAUUCGAGAGGAACAUUGCACAUCUAAAGAAAUGGCGUAAAUUAUCUGAGACUGAGAUCGACAAACAAACAGCUGAAUCGAGUGAUACUCUAAGCGAUCCUCAAUCUUCGGAAACAACAGGGAUGCCGAGUUCUUCGUCACGCCCUUCAAGUCUAGAAGCGGCCCCCGUCAGACGAUCACUACGAACCAUUAAGCCGUCCGUCAAAUUCAGUCCUUAG